UGCCUCAUUAUUUAUUAUCUCGUCAACAACCCGUAUUUCUAGUACCCCAACUAUUAUUCCCUCCCUCACCUAUCUCCAAACAUGGACAGACGCCUCUAUGAUACCAUUCUCAGAGGAGAUGUAAAAACCUUUCUUAGUAUCCUUCAAGAAGAGCAUUUUGAAGAUACAGCAAAACAAACACUUCCACAAUCUUUAAAAACAAUCCUACACUUAACAGCCCGUUUUGGGCAUGAGGAGUUGGCAUCAGAGAUUUUGAAGUUGUGGCCGGAGAUGGUGUCGGCUGAGAACGAAAAAUUGGAGACUCCGCUGCAUGAAGCAUGCAGAGAAGGGAGACUAAACAUUGUGAGGUUGUUGGUGGAGAGUGAUCCUAUGGUUGUUUAUAAGGUAAACAAAAACAAUGAGAGCGUGCUGUUUAUGGCAUGCGAGAGAGGAAAGCUUGAUGUGGUGAAGCAGCUUUUGGGGUAUCCAUGGUUGUUGAUGUUCGAGAUGGAUAGCUCCACUACUUGUCUUCAUGCUGCAGCUUGGGCAGGGCAUACAGACAUUGUGAAAGAGCUUCUAACGGCGCGGCCACAAUUGGCGUGGCAAAAGAACUUGAAUGGGGGCACACCUUUGCACAUUUCUUGCGGCAAAGGCCACCUAGACAUAACCAGGGAGCUUCUAAAGGUAGACCCUGACCUCUCUUCUUUACAAGACAAUGAAGGUCGAACACCACUCCACUUGGCUGCUAUCAAAGGCCGUAUAAAUAUUAUUGAUGAAAUACUCUCAACCAGUCUUGAGUCAGCUGAGAUGAGAACCAUUUCUGGAGAGACGGUUCUACACCUUGGAGUAAAGAAUAAUCAGUAUGAAGCGGUUAAGUUCCUGAUGGAGACUCUAAACAUCACGAAACUUGUUAACAUGCCAGAUAACGAUGGCAACACUAUCUUGCAUUUAGCAACUGCUGGAAAGCUUUCUACUAUGGUCAUCUACAUACUGAAGCUUGGCGUUAAUGUAAACGCAAUAAACCGCAAGGGAUACACCGCUCUUGAUGUUGUUGAAUGCGAUGCAACUAAUUCUGGUGUCCUUACGAUUUUACCUGCAUUACAAGAAGCAGGCGCUAAGAGGUGUGACCAGUUGCCACCGAUGUCACAAGAAAUUCAACCCAUACAAGAUAACUAUCCAUACACACCACCUUUGAGGCCGAAAAAAGCUCCUGAAUCUCCAACCCGACAUCAGCGCCAUCGUCAUCGUCGUCGCCGAGAAAAGCAGAUUGAGCUACAAAACGAGGGUCUACGCAAUGCGCGCAAUACAAUCACGGUUGUGGCGGUUUUAAUAGCAACUGUUACAUUUGCGGCUGGCAUAAACCCUCCAGGGGGAUUUAACCAAACUACUGGGAAGUGCAUAAGGGGAAGACAAACUUCUUUUAAGGUCUUCAUGGUUUGCAACAUUGUGGCAUUAUUCCUGUCCCUAGGCAUAGUCAUUUUCCUAGUAAGCAUCAUUCCUUUCCGGAGAAAAUCCAUGAUGAAAUUAUUGAUGGUUACACAUAAAUUGAUGUGGGUGUCGGUUUCAUUUAUGGCUGCAGCUUAUAUGGCUUCCAUAUGGACGAUUUUGCCACAUGAGAAAGGGAUGGCAGGGGUGUUGGUGACAUUGAUUGCUGUAGGUGGAGGGUGCACAUUGGUCAUUUUUAUGGGACUGGGGGUAUUGUUGGCGAGACAUUGGCUUAGAAAAUGGGAAUGGAGGAAAAGGAAAGACAAAAAUGGAAGCCCCAAUAGUAGUGUUAGUCGGGUUGAAGAGAUGCGGACGAUGAAGAAAGGCAGUCGCGAAUCUACCAGUAACUCCGACCUUGAUAGCUCUGAUCAAGGAGGUUAUCAUCUGUAUUAGAUAUAUAUGUUCUGUAGCAUCAGGAAAAUUGGGAUCACAGAUAUCAGUUAUUACUAGAUGAAAGUUUGGGCACUUCCGUGUACUAUUGUGAGUCCUUUGAUAGUGCAGCCCUGCAUAUGUGUUAGCGUUUCCAGUUCUGCAGUAUGAUUUAAUUUGUACUUGAUCCGCAUAUUCUAGUAGGUUUACGAUGUGCAGAAUAAGCGUCCUAUUUGUAAAGGUAGAUUUGUAGCUAAUAAUAAGGCGCAUUUAUAAUUCUAUAAUCCAGUUGAGGCAGUGGCAUUAUUUAGUCAUUACUAGCUACUCUCUCAUUCAGUUGAUGAGAGGGUAAUCAGAAUUUAGUAAUCAGGGCCGUUUCUUCUGAGACAAAUAUCCAUGCCAGUUUUUGGUAAUUAACAAUGAAUCUGUGACCUAACACUGUCUCUUCUAUUGAUUUUGAUUCUGCUUUUAAAUAUUUGCUAAUAUAAAAACCUUUUUCAGACA